UCAUCCCUAACUUUUUUUUUUUUUUUUUUCUGGAACCCUAAUUUCCUUUCUUCCGAUCAAUUCUCACCGGAAUAUUUCCAGUUUUCCGAUCAAUUCACGCCAGAAAUUCCUAUGUCUGUUCUUCCCUAAAAUCUUACAUUUUCCGAAUUUCACAGAUUUCCGUAAUUUCUCCGUUUAAUUGUCAAUGGAUUCAAAUAAACCUUCUUCUUCCCCUCGAAAGCACAGAUUCGCUCCAAAAGCUCCAUCGCAACGAAGGACUAGAAAAUCUACUACUACUAAAGAAAUUUCUGAUGGAAAUGAUGAUACGGAAGCGAAGUUAUUGCUUCAGCGUUUUGAUGAACGAGGCAAGUCUCGACAACGAUCUAAAGCCGAGAACAAAGCUCAAAUGCAACCCACCUUUAUUCAUGGAGGAGCAAAGAGAUCUAUCAUCACAAGGGGAUCUGAUGUUCUUCAAGAUGAAGGUCUCAAACACAGCCAAAAAUCGGAUCUUAUGGACUUGGAUGACAGCACCAAGCACCCUGUUUCGUCUCUACCUGCAGUUGGACCAAGUGUGACAAAAAAGAGUUCAGGAGAUGAUCAAGUUCUUAAAACCAAAGAGUACGAAGAGCCUUGGAACUACACUACUACUUGCUAUCCUACCACACUUCCAUGGAGGAGGCCAUACUCUGGUGAUCCAGUCAUUCUUGAUGAAGCCGAGUUUGGGGAAGCUGCAAUGAAGUCAAAUUAUGAUGAGGAUUCAAUAAGUUCUGCCUCAGAACUUGGAUUUCUGAACCCAGAAGAGACAGGUCAAGAACGGUUGCUGUUUUUCCAACUUCCUCCAUCUCUUCCUGUAGUUAAACGAUCUGCUACUGCUAAGGGGAAAGAAAUUGAAGACAGUUUGGGAGGAGGUCAAAAAGGUCCAAUGACAACGAACAUGGGGGCAAAGGGAUCUAGUACAGCAGGUAUUUCACAGCAAAGCUGCAGUUUGGAAGAAUUGCCUGCAGGACUGAUGGGGAAGUUGCUUGUUUACAAGAGUGGAGCUGUCAAACUUAAACUUGGAGAAACCCUGUAUGAUGUGUCACCUGGAUCAGAUUGUUCUUUUGCUCAAGAUGUAGUGGCAUUCAAUCCCAAAGAGAAGGAAUGUUGUUCAAUUGGCAACCUUGACAAGCGAGCCAUUGUUUCCCUUGAUGCAGAGUACCUCUUGAAUAGCGUUAUUGACCUCAGCUAGACUGGAAAGUAUCUGAUGUUUACAAACACCACCAUUACAUGUAUCUAGUACCCCUUGUAAAGUUGUAAGUAUGAGACCUUAAAGAUCAACUGUAUGUACGAGUUCAAAUUCUUGAUUAACACUUGUAUGAAACUUUUAAUGCUAAUAUGCUACAAAAGCUUCUGAUUGCUCAGCAAACAUAUACCAGUAUGUUA